UGCAAGGAAGGGAGGAAGGUCUUUGUGUGAGUCAGGCCGCGUCGGUCACACCCAUACCCGGCUCUCCCCCUCCUGCACCGCCCGCCAUGUUCUGGAGGAGGGGAAACCUUUAGCCUGACGUUAGCAUUAGCAAUACUUUAGCUAGGCGGAGGCGCAACAAGCUCUCUGAACGCUGCAAUAAGUACAUUAUCGUGAUUUAAAUUUUUUUAAUUUUUUAAAAAUUAUUACAACUCUAAUUGGGGAAUACAUUUAGAGGUUUAUAGCACUGGAGUCUCAUUUAAAUCUGGUCAAGUUCCGAUAUAUACGGUAAUGGCACUGCCGUACUUUGUGUGUGGAGAUGGUUUUAUCAGACGUUGUUCUGGGGGACUCAGGAACACUGCACUGGCCUGAAGAAGCCUCAUAAACUCUUAUCCAGCACAAACCUUUUUCGACAAGGAGACUUCAUACUGAACACUCCUACGUGAAAGACAACACACCCGUUGCCUAAAUACACAAAUCUUUUGAAAGCUCCUAUCCUCGCGAGAGUUCAAAUUGUAUUUAUCCUCUUGGUGUCCCAUCUCAGCAUCUCAACGCCACAAUGCCAAGCUCCACCAUCCGUCGCCAAAUGAAGAACAUGGUGAACAACUACUCUGAUGCAGAAAAGAAAGUCAGAGAGGCCACCUCCAAUGACCCCUGGGGGCCCUCAUCUUCACUCAUGUCUGAAAUCGCUGAUUUAACUUACAAUGUGGUGGCCUUUAGUGAGAUCAUGAGUAUGAUCUGGAGACGGCUCAAUGACCAUGGCAAGAACUGGCGCCAUGUUUACAAAGCGCUCACCCUGCUUGACUACCUUAUCAAGACCGGCUCGGAGCGAGUGGCGUUGCAAUGCAAGGAGAACAUCUUUGCCAUCCAGACUCUGAAAGACUUCCAGUACAUUGACAGAGAUGGUAAGGACCAGGGCAUCAACGUCAGGGAGAAGAGCAAGCAGCUAGUGGUCCUUCUUAAAGAUGAAGAACGUCUCAAAGGAGAGCGGUCUCAGGCUUUGAAGACCAAAGAGCGUAUGGCCCAGGUGUCCACAGGGAGCAGUCAGAUGGGCUUUGGUCGAGGCUCUUCCCAGCCCAACCUCUCCACUUCCUACAGUGAAGAGUAUGGGAGGUCAGAGGGCUCACCUGCCUCCUACCAUGGCUCCACUUCUCCCAAUGCGGGAUCAGAAUUAGAGCAAGCCAGACCUCAGACGAGUGGUGAGGAGGAGCUACAGUUGCAACUUGCUCUGGCCAUGAGCCGAGAGGCAGCAGAGCAGGAGGAGCGGAUACGCAGAGGGGACGAUUUAAGACUACAGAUGGCUUUAGAGGAGAGUAAGAAAGGAGGUCCAGACUCUGGCAAACUGGCACACAAGAAAAAGGAGCCGCAAUCAUCGCUGAUGGAUUUGAUGAACGUUCCAGAGCCGGGUCCUGGUGGUGAUCCCUGGGGCGCAGGAGCUCUGGCCAAAGGAGACCCUUGGAAACAUUACGGUUCUGCUGCCAAGUCGGCAGGCUCAGCGGACCCAUGGGGGGCUCCUGCCUCAGUUCCACCCAUGAAGAGCACUGAUCCCUGGGCAUCGAACUCCACUCCGAUAUCCGAUCCCUGGGGGUCGGCAGCUACUCGCCCUAAGGCUUCAAACCCAGGUAGCUUUGACCUGUUCAGUGAAUCCAAUGGUACGUCCAAAGAGGACUUCUCAGAGUUUGACAGCCUGCGCUCCUCCUCCUCUGUCCCUGCUGGUGAUGGUGUUAUACCAUCUUCUGUUCCCUCCCAAGCCAGUCUUGCUAGCAGCAGCAGCUUGGACCUCUUCGACCCCCUUCCCACAUCCAUUUCUACUUCUUCAAAUCCAACCAGGAAGACUCCAGAGUCUUUCCUGGGCCCCAAUGCUGCCCUGGUCAACCUGGAUUCUUUGGUGACCAAACCGCCCCAACCUGCUCCAGCAUUCAACCCGUUCUUGGCUUCAACAGGUGGCGCCGCUGCAGGCUCCAACGCUCAUGCCAAUCCCUUCCAAGUGAGCCAGCCUGCUCCACCAACACUCAACCAGAUGCGAGUAAGCCCCAUGCCUUCGGGGUUCGCCAGCGGCAUGGCUGAUUCCAUGGCCAUAUCAUCCUUGCCCACCCAAUCCAUCACCAUGGUCCCUUUGGCAGGCAUAACCCCUGUGGGACGCCCGAUGCCUGCAGUGGGGGUCGGUGCUAUGCCCCAGCCACUGAUGAGCAUAACCCCGCAGGCUGGGGCGCAGACCACCGGAGCCACCAACCCGUUCCUUUUGUGAAGGGGAUUACUGCGGACAACUUGCGCCCAGAAUACCCUCACCCCACUUCUUAUCUUCUUUUAAGCUAUACAAAUCUUCAUCAAGGACUUGUCUUGUCCCAUUUAUCCUUUUUUCUAACCAACCUCUGCCAAGGUGGUAGACAAUGUGGCAUCCUUAACAUGACCACGCUCUUCCUCCUCUUCCUCUCUGCUCUCUCAGUGCUACAAACUGCCUCGUCCUAUGUGUUCCACUUCGAUCAGACACUGAUGUAGAUCACAGUCUAUUUGGCAUCAGAGUUAGAAUAGCAGGGAUGUUUACAGUCCCCCCCCCCACACAGAGGCAAGUUUAGACAGUCCACUUGUCUCUCACUCUUCCUGUAGGAUUGCUCCUUUCUUCUGUGGAGUGACAGAAACCUACUAACGCCAGGAUCUUAUCUCAUCACUAGAGCUAAUCGUUUUUAAGCCCUGUCAGCUAACGAGUGUGUGCAUGCGUGGGUGUAUGUGUGUGUGAGUGGUUGCACAUAACAGUGCUAUUACACUGUUGUAUUUUCCAGUAAGCUUUUCCUUCACUUAACUGGAGUUAGAAUCAUAGAGACCGUCAGAUAUGUUUAUACUCUGUGUGUAUGUUUGUGUGUGUGUGUUCGUUUGUGUGUUCCGAAGCAGGGAUUUUGCACAUUUUUUCUUUUUAAACAAAUGAUUACAGUGACUGUUGGGCUCACCAUUACACCUUAGCGUAGGCAAGGAAGCUAGUUGUAAAACACGAUGAGAUGGCUUAAACGUUGACUUUUUCUAUACCACUUCAUCACAGCGCUUAUCUGGGCACCCAAUUGGACCUCUCCCUGACCUACCACAAAAAACGUUGACCUCCAGGGGGUCACGGUAUUAACAUUGUGAAUCCUUUUCAAAGGAGAUGAACUCCCUGUCCAAGUUAAGUGGCCGCUCACAGAUGCAGAUCCUGCAACUCAAGUUGAUGUAUGACAUUAAAUCCCCACCCAAAUGUGUUUAGACAUAAAUAUAUGAACUGUGAUAGCGUCAGUAUUCAACAACAGUGAGACGUGGGAAUUUUUUUUGUUUGUACUAGGGUCAAAGGGAAGGGUGUGUGUGUGUGUGUGUUCAGCUUCCAUGUGUUCUUGAAUGAGAUAUGUCAUUUUGUAAGUUCUCCCCUGUGGUGGUGGUGUCUGCAUUUUGGUGUUGGCUCACUCAUCCAAUCAGCAACUUGAAGAGUGGAGUUACUUUGACAUACCCAUCUGGAAUGAUUUAAUCUGCUGAAACCACACCUGUUUGUGCUGGUCUUUUGAUCGUGACAAACUGUAUUCCUGGGAGGUAGUAGGUCAUUUUUUACAAUUAUUUCACUUGUUAAUCCUUAGCAGAUCCUUUUUACGUUGUUGAGGUGUGUUUACUAGCUGCAUAUUCUAAGGUCAUUUUUUAGAAGCACAACUGUUACCAAAGUCACAGCGACUGAUCUCCGAACCCCUCCCGUUUUUUUUUCUUCUUCCCAGAGUAGACCCAGCAUCAGGGUCACAUUUCACUGUUUUUCCUAUUAGUUUGAUGCACACUCCAUUGUUACUAUUUCCCAUGUUGUUUAGAGCUAUGUUUAAGUUUGUGGAAAGUAUCUCUAUAUUGGAGUAUUACUCUGUAGAAAAAAAUGAGCGUGUGUAAUAAGAGAAGAUGGAGACAACUCUCCUCUCUCUUCAAUUGUCUAUCACUGCCAAUAUUUUUACUUGUUUUCUGUCCUCUUUUAGUGUGUUGCCGCCCCCUCCUAUCUGCUGUGCUAUGCUAGCGAAACAGGAUCAUUUUUGCUCGAAAUGCAGACAUUUCUCUCAGGCAAAUCAUUGGAGGGGCAGCUUAAACUGUGUAUGAGGUGGACUUAGCAGAAGGAAGCUGGUGAUUGUUAUUUUAUUUUUUUUAUAUAAUGCUUGGCUCAUAUAUUGAUGAAUUGGAUGCAAUGCGUACGGCCCAGAAAACCUUUUGAAUCACAAAAAAAUCACAAAGAAAUAUGCAAACAUUGCCGUAAGGUCAUUUAAAAAAAGAUACAUUCAUUGCCUGGUGUGUUUUGCAAAGUUGGAUUUGCGAGUACUCUUGUUUACUUAACUCUGCCUAAAGUAAUAUAGCUACGAAAUGCUGUUUUCUCACCCUCUUUGAUUUAACUAACAUUCAAGCGAUGAUGGAUAAAUGUAAUGGCUGUAUGAAGAGGAAAAAACAUGUACGGUAACUGUUGAAUUAUGCUUCAAAUGACCACUUGUUCUGACGGUUUCCAAGUAAUGGUAUAGUUAAAUGUAGCCUGCGUGUUGCAAGCUCAUGUUACAUCACUUUGUAUUCACUACGCUUUUAUUGAGAGGAAUAACUGACCUUAGACUGUGUUUAUAUGCAUUAAUAGCCACCUUUUUAUUCUCCACGUCUAGUUACCCUUAUUGUAGUACAGGGAGCAGGCUGCUUUUUAUUCGAUAUGUGCUCAAUCUGUCAGCAUUAUAACUGUAUAAUAUAAUUUAUCAUUUGUACUAUUGUAACAUACCUUUCUUUUGUUGAGCUUUAUUAUUCUGUGUAAUGGGUUUUUGUAGGAAACGUCACCGUGGAAUCCUAACGGCAUCUAAACAAAUGAGCACAGCAGGCCGCACCCUGUUGGAUGAGUGUAGCUGCAUUGGUUUCAAAAUAAAAAUGUAUAUCAC